GCGGAGCUACAAGUCAAGAUGGCGGCCAUCGGCGGCUUCAGGAGACUCUGCACAGUCGGAUUGAGCGCAGUCUGUCGAAAUCGAGCACGUAACGCGUUGAGUAUUUCGCAGUACAGGUCCUUCCGUGUUAAUGGAGCUCUACAGCAGCAGCCUUUUGACUCCCUGGCGGAGAAGCCGCAGUUCCCUGGCGCUUCGGCCGAGUUCGUGGAUCACCUGGAAUUCAUUCAACCCAACGUCAUCUCUGGAAUCCCUGUGUACAGGGUGAUGGACCGACAGGGUCAGAUCAUUAACCCGUCCGAAGACCCCCAGCUGCCUAAAGAGAUGGUGUUGAACUUCUAUCAGAAGAUGACCCUGUUGAACACAAUGGACCGCAUUCUGUACGAGUCGCAGAGGCAGGGCCGUAUCUCUUUCUACAUGACGAACUACGGAGAGGAGGGGACGCACGUCGGCAGCGCUGCGGCUCUUGACCCUGAGGACCUGGUCUUUGGCCAGUACAGGGAAGCGGGCGUGCUGAUGUUCCGUGGCUUCCCCCUGGACCUGUUCAUGGCGCAGUGCUACGCAAACGUGGACGACCUGGGCAAGGGCCGCCAGAUGCCAGUGCACUACGGCAGCAAGGACCUGAACUUUGUCACCAUCUCCUCGCCGCUGGCCACGCAGAUCCCUCAGGCGGCGGGGGCGGCGUAUGCCAUCAAGAGAGAGAACACCAACCGGGUUGUGAUCUGUUACUUUGGUGAGGGGGCGGCCAGCGAGGGAGACGCACACGCCGGCUUCAACUUUGCCGCCACCCUGGAGUGCCCCCUGAUCUUCUUCUGCCGCAACAAUGGCUAUGCGAUCUCCACGCCCACCGACGAGCAGUACCGCGGAGAUGGCAUUGCUGCUCGCGGCCCCGGCUACGGCAUGCUCUCCAUCCGAGUCGAUGGCAACGACGUGUUUGCUGUGUACAACGCCACCAAGGAGGCGCGCCGUCGAGCCAUUGCCGAGAAUCAGCCCUUCCUCAUCGAAGCAAUGACUUACAGAAUCGGCCACCACAGCACGAGCGACGACAGCUCUGCCUACCGCUCAGUGGACGAAGUCAAUUACUGGGACAAGCAGGACCACCCGAUCUCGAGGCUGCGCCACUACAUGACGGCCCGCGGCUGGUGGGGCGAGGAGGAGGAGCGCGCCUGGAGGAAGCAGUCACGCAAGCUUGUCAUGGAAGCCUUUGAGAGGGCAGAGAAGCGCCAGAAGCCGCACCCAGACCUGCUCUUCUCCGAUGUGUACCUGGAGAUGCCCCCCAGCCUGGAGAAGCAGAAGGAGUCCAUGUGGAGACACCUGCAGCAGUACAGGGAGCACUAUCCCCUCGACCACUAUGAAAAGUGACACGUUUGCCUUCUGGGUGCAGCGGGAUGGGUGAAGGGAGAGGAGGAAGAACACAAAGCACAUGGAGCAGGAGCGAGGAGAGGCAUUGUUACACAUGGCUUCCAGUUUCUAUGCAUAGAAACGUAUCUUUUCUAUUUGACAUAUUUCUAUGCAUUUUAAUGGAUGAAUGGCUAAGGAGAGUGCCGUUUUAUUGAAAUUGUGCCGUAGUUCUUUUUGAGUGUUGCAGCUACAUCACUCUGGGUUGUAAAAGUCACAAAACCGUUUCUGAAAAUAUGAAUGCAAAAAAAAAAAAAAAAAAAUUGUUUUCCAUCUGGACACUCCUUUGUGUUCCCUCACUUCUCAAUUACUAA